AAAUUUUAAAAAUUCAAAUGUGGGUGUUUUUUUUCAUAAUAAAUUUUCAACAUGACAAUCUAUAGAUUAUGGUUGAUUUCAUUGGCAGAUAAAAAGAUUCUUUAUUCAAAAUUUUUUCCAAAUCUAGAGAAAAAAGAUGGCUACACAUUUCCAUUGAUUACGGCACAAGAAUUUAUUAAAUGUCUAUACAUUUCAUUGGGCAUCGAUAAUCAAUCAAUCAGUACGAAUAAUGCAAAAAAGACAAAAGAAUCGAAUCUAAAUAUUUCUACAUCAUCAUCAUCAUCAUUUGAAAAUCAAGAUAAUUUUUCUCAAUAUAGCCGUGAUCGACGUUCAUCAUCAUCAUCAUCAUGUUCAUUGUCAUCAUUAUCAUCGAUGAUGUCCAAUACGACGGUGAAUACGAUAGCAACAGUUUCAAGACAAACAUCACAAAUGAAUUCAUCAACAGAAUCAAGUAUAAUAAAAGAAUAUCUUUGUCUUUACAAUCAUCUACCAUUGAUUGUAUGUCCAUUGGUCAAUAUGAGAAAACAACGAGAACGUUCAAUAUCAAUGUCAUCAUCAUCAGUUAGUCAUGAAGAUAUUCAUCGAACAUCUAAAUCAGGUCUUGUUGAUAAUCUAAUUUUAUUGGUUUAUGAACAUCAAGGUUAUCUGUUUGUUUGUUGUCCAAGAAUUAGCCAAAAAUCUCAAUUAGAAUUGAUCAAAACAAUAAAUCAUGAUCAUUGUGAUGCUAAUGAAAAACUUUUACUACAAGAACCAAACAUUUCAUUAUCGUAUACUAUUUUACAUAUGAUAUCAUCAAUGUUUUUUGCUAAAAAUAAAUCAUCACGUUCAAUGGAAUUAUUCAUAACCAGUUAUAUGCCAUUUGGUACAUUGAUCAAAACAAAAUCCGAUCAAGAUGUAUUGUUAUCAUCGAAAUUAUAUCCCAAAGAUACUGUCAUAUCGAUACGUUUAACAGAAUCACUAUCCACUUCAUUCCAAUCGGAUGAACUGAAAGCCCCGGACAAUGAAACAAUAUUCGGUACAUUAACAUUGAAUUAUAUUGAUACAAAACAUAAAUCAUCAUCGAAAUCGGAUAUUGUUUUAACCAUAGAGAAUUUACAUUCCUGUUCAUUGACAUUACCAACCAAUUGUUGUACGGUGGCUAAUGAAUCAACCAUAAUUUAUGAUAUUAACAAUCGUAAUCAAUAUAAUCUCAAUAUAAUUCAUUAUAAAACUAAUAAUAAUAAACAACAAAAUGAUAACAAUGGUAAUAAAAAUUAUUCAGCUGAUCGAUCAUCAAAUGAAUGGAAAUUUUUUCAAACUAAAUAUACGAUUCAUAGAAAAUCUAGUCAGAUACAAAGUUCAGGCCAGCAACAGCAACAGCAACAACAAUCAUUUAUUGAUUCAAAAAAUAUUCACCACAUCAAUCUGACUCUUUGGAUCAAUAAUAAAAUAUCAUUUGAAGAUGUAAAAUUUAAAUAUUUUAUCAUCAAAUUCAGCCUAAAUCGUGGCCAAUCAAAAAAACAGGUUCAAACGAUUGGAAAUUCAAUCAAUAAUCUAAUUAUUCGUGAUUCAAUACAUAUUAGCCAAGGACAGUUGAAAAAUGAACAUAAUUCAUUAAUAUGGAUGAUUGGUAAUCGAUUACCACGUACAUCAAGAAAAUUAUUCAUCGAUUUUGAUUUACUUAUCACAAGAGAUAAUCUACAAAAUCUUGAUACACAAUGUACAUUCAGUCAUACAGUACAAUUUCGAAUGAAUUUUCAUCAAAAAUCGAAUCGAUCACCAAUGAAUAAUAAUAAUAAUAAUAACUUGUCUAUGAUCCGUAAUAAUAAUACUCAAUUGUAUGAAUCAAAAAUUCAAUCACCAAUCAAUAUGAUACCACCAUAUCUUAGAUUAUCGAAAAUUGCAAUGAUUUUCGAACCAUCAUCAAUGGACAUUUCGAAACAACAACAACAACAAAACGAUCAGCUGAAAUUAAUAAUAAUGAAUAUUGUCAUUUUGAAUAUAAUCUAAAUAGCUAUGAAUAUCGAUUAUAUCCAUCGAUAAUCGAUUCGAAUGUUUAAAUGUUUUUCAAUUAUGUGGAAACAAUUUAUUUAC